AUGAAUGCAAAGGAGGAUUUGGUCGAAAAGAACGCGAGCAAAUUGAGUCGCGAGGAGCGUUUUAACGACGAGACGGAGGCGUCUGCGUCGAGAAGAAGAAGAAGAACAACACGCUUUUCUGUUGCGAGUCGUGCGAAGAAUCGGAUCGGACUCGUCGACGGUUUUGGUCGACAAAAUUCGUCCUCAGUCUCUUCUUUAACUUCGACCUCUUCUCGGAGAAGAAAGAGAAGCAAAACGCGAGAGAAGAAGAGGAGCGAGAUGUUUUUCUUCUGCCUGAUCGUGUUGAUGACGUUCUUCGGGAAAGAAGUUCAAGGAAAAUAUCCAGUGGCGAGAUUCAAGAACGAAACGGUUGCCAUUCUCUCCCCUCUGAAAGACGGGAACACCGAAUUAUACGUAAACUCGCACGACGUGGAGUUCACCGGCGACGUGUACAUAAAAAGUUUAAACGGGAAAGUUUCGGAGAAGAUGAAGGCGUUGAAAGAAGGAAACGAACGCGCGUACGAAGGCGUGAAAGUGGUCGCGGAGAGAAACGGGAUCGAGAAAGUGUGCGACGUGUACGGGACGCGGUAUCAAGCGUACGAUUUGGAGACGGAGAAAUACGGGGAGUGCACGUGCAAAGAGGCGAGUCACGAGUACGGAAACGACGUGUAUUUGGAAUAUAUGGGAGAACUGUGCGAUUACGAGGCGUAUAAGUUGAAAGACCAGACGUGGCGAAUGACGACGGUCAAUCCGGGCUACAAAGAUAACGUGAAUUCACAGUUUGGAUCAGGUUUGGCCGUCUCAGAUCGAGAUAAUUGGGAAUACGCAGCAAUUGGCGCGGCGAAAGCGAAACCGGGCGGGUCGACACAGCCGGCGUACGGGCGGGUUUGGGUGUACGCGAAGACCGGGUGCGACGAAAGUCUUUCCGGGACGAACGAGGACGGGUACGUCGGGUGCCAAACGAAAACGGUGAGUGGACGCACGUGCCAAGCCUGGAGCGUGGAUUUGCCUCACGUGAAAAGAGGAGACGUCGAUUGGGAUUCGGAAGAGACGCUCGACGGCGAGGGCAACCACAAUUAUUGUAGGAAUCCGGACGACUGGUCCGGAGGAAUUUGGUGUUAUACCACCGAUCCCGCGCAACGGUGGGAAGAGUGCAACGCGUUAUCCACCUCGGAAGCAGAGAAAUUGUUCGUCUAUCAAUAUUUGAUGACGGUGGAUGGAGAUUCGGCAGACGCGGAGUUUGGUAGAAGCGUGGCGGCGUAUGGCGGUUACCUCCUCGUCGGCGCGCCUGAGAAACUGAUAAACAACGUUAAAUCCGGAGUUGUGUACGUUUACAGACUGGAGUCAGUCUCUUCUACCUCUGUCACCUUAGUGGCUACGCUUAUUCCACCGGAUCCAAAAGCAGGCCAAAGAUUUGGUACUUCGCUCUCGUUUGACGGAGAUACUUUACUCGUCGGCUCGCCGCAAGGGUAUUCUGGAUCUACGCAAAGCGGCACGGUGUACGUCUACGCAUUCGUUGAACUCAACACGGGAUCUGGUUAUUGGGUUGAACAAGAAACCACCAUAAUGAGUCAAAAUGCUGUAGCUGGCCAAUUAUUUGGCACGAGUGUUUCUUUACACGAAGGCAUCGCUAUAAUUGGCAGCGGGAGCGCGUCCGUGAGCGGUAACAACGCCGGCGCCGUCCAAUCCUUCGCCAUCGAACGCUUCGGUUCCACAUCUAGUUCUAUUCAGUGGGAAUAUCGCGGAGAAAUCCUCGCGCCGAGUCGAUCCACGUUAACCUCCACGAGUUUCGGCGCCGCGUUAUCCUUAAACUAUUACUCCGCCAUCAUCUGCGAUCCAACCGCGAAGAAAGUCCACAUGUUUACCCGAGACGAAAGAGGCGCAACCUGGGUCGAAGAAUCCGCCGAAACGAACGGUUUGCAAUUGGCAAUGGACACCAUGAACCACACGUGCGCUUCCGUGACGACCUGGGAUCAAGGAUACGCCGCCAUCGGUUCCCCGUUUUCGUACGAAACUCAAACAGAAGGCAUCAAAGACUUGUUCCCGGUGCUCGUGUUCAAAGAGAGCAGUUCGAACGUCCCCGACGACGCCAACGAAGACGCCGCCGUCGAGCUGGAUAAUACUUAUAAUAAAAAGAAGAAGAAGUAA